GUCUGCUGUGUGUAUUAAAUAAAUUACAUAUGUAUUUACAUAAAAACCAAACCUGUUGUCAUCAAGUCCAUUCCGACUCAUAGUGACCUAUGAGUAUAUAUAAAAAACUAGGUCUUGACAAUUUCUGUGCUCCUCUACAGUGACCAGGGGAAAGCAAAACCAGUUGCUCUCGAAGUCUACUCAGACUUAUGUAGGCAAGGAUUAAUAUUUAUUUUAUCUAUUACAAUUGGCACUAUGCUAGGCACUUUAUAUUUAUUUAAUCCCCAUAAUAAGCUUGUAAAUUAGGAAUUAUAACCUCCCUUGUUCAGAUGAGGAAAGAGGCUAGAAGACUAAGUGACUUGCCCAAAGAAAUUUUUAUUCAGACUGACUUAUACUGUUUUCAAUACACUUUGCUUAGUAAACUCUUAUUUAAAAAAUGAUUCCCAACUUGUUUUAAUUUCCACUGAGAAGCACCUACUUUGUGGGUACAUCAAAUAAACAGUUGUGGACUUGAACUAAAAAAACCACUUAGUAAAGUAUUUGGUCAAAAUAAUUUAAAUAUAUUUUAAUCUGGUUUUUGCCUAAAUUAUGUACGAGGAAAUAACCUUAACUUUUACUGGCUACCUAAUGUGUGGGAAGCAUUUAUACAUGUUCUUAUUUAAUCCACACAACAACCCAAUAAAGGGACUAUUACACCAGAGAGGGAAAUGGUGGCUCAGAAGUACAGCAACUUGCCUAAGGUUAUACAAAUAAACAGAACACAUCAUUCACUUCUUACGAAAAAUAUCUUGCUAUGAGUGAUCAUUCACUGCUUUUCCUCAGAAUACACAAUUUUUCUCUCCAGGGCUCCAUUCUAGAUAUUUAAAUUAUAUAAUCCUAUUAUUAGAGAGUCUCAAAUGUUUACUCAGACAAACAUCAAUUAAAAGCAAUGAAAUCAUGUAGCUCCAAAUUGUGUUUCAAAAUAAGUUUUGUUAAACUAGUGCAUUUCUUAGUCAUUUUGUGGCUUAUUCCACUUCCGGAACUAUUGAUAAACUUCCUCUUUUUCUACAGAAACCAUUUCAGUCUGCUAGGGGACCAUUUUUAAUCUGAACUGAACCACUCCUUUUGCUUUCUUAGUCAAAUCACCAAAAUGUCCAGUUAGAACAAGAAUUUAGCGUUCUACAAAAGAAGUUAACAGCUGAGGAGGAAACAUUCUGAAAUGGAUCUCAAAUAUUUCAUCUUAAUUUUCUUUUGUGGAUACCUGAACAAUACAUUUUCCUCAGAGACAGAGGCAGUUACAAGAAAGAAGCAGCCACAGUCGACUUUACUUACAUUGCCAGUGUCGUAUGUCUUGGCUAAUUCUCAAAAUAUAACAGGGAAUCCUUUGAGUCAACCAAUUCAACAAUUCAACAUUUCUUCUGAACAACCACCACCACCUACCAAAGUCACUGCUGGAAAACCCACGUCAGCUGCCUAUGUCUCUUCUGGAAAACCAGCAGCACACACUUCUGGGCAACUACCUGCCUAUAAUAUCACCAGACAACCAAUACCAAUGGCCAACACCUUCCCCAGACAAUCAGAACUACCACCAUCUGCCCAUACUUCCACCAGACAACCACCACCAUCAUCUGUCUACACCUCUACUCAACAGCCAUCAUUAUCUGCUCAUACCUCUUCUGGGAAACCAAUCCCACUGACUGUUCAUAGUCUAACCACACAACCAACUUCAAAUGUCAAAAAUCCACUCGUGAUUACACCAGGAUUCAUCUUAGAAACUACCAAAAUCAAUUCUAACUUAACAGCUAUAGUCAAUUCUAAUUUAACAGCUGCCAUACUAGUUGCUGUAAUUGUGAUUUCUAUGUUGGUGGCUAUAAUCAUGAUUGUACUAUGGAAAUGCUUGAGAAAACCAGUUUUGAAUGAUCAAAACUGGGCCGGUAGGUCUCCAUUUGCCGACGGAGAAACCCCUGACAUAUGUAUGGAUAACAUUAGAGAAAAUGAAGUGCCUGGAAAACGUACGUCAAUUGUUUCACUUAUGACCUGGAAACCAAGCAAAAGCAUGCUUUUAGCAGAUGACUUAGAAAUUAAGUUGUUUGAAUCAAAUGAAAACACUGAUGAUUCCAACAACCCCAAAACAGAAAAAUCAAAAGAUCAAGUUAAUGGUACAUCAGAGGAUAGUGCUGAUAGAUCAACAAUUGGCACUGCUGUUUCUUCUUCGGAUGAUGCAGAUCUGCCUCUGCCACCUCCCCUUUUUGAUUUGGAAGGACAGGAGAAUAAGCAAUCAGACAAACCCACAAUGACAAUUGUAUCUCCUCUUCCAAAUGAUUCUACCAAUCUCCCGCCACCUCCAGACUGUCUCAAUCAAGCUUGUGAAGAUCAUAAUUCUGAGAUCAAACAGUCAUUCUCACUUUCCCCCGACUCACUUAACUUGCCCUCACCACCAGUAGAUUUUAUGCAAAACCUGGAAGAUUCCAACAAUGAGAUCCAGUGUGAGGAGUUCCCUAUUCCUCUUGACUCUGAUCAAGAUCUCAAUGAAUCCCUGCCACUCCCACCUGCAGAAUUAUUAUAAAUAUUACAACUUGCUUUGCAGAUGAUUUUCCAUCCUUCUUAAAGGACUCUAUCUUUUGUUUUUCUUCAUGUGAUGAAAUGUAUACAACGGCAACUUGUGGUCAAUUUGGAUUUUCAUUCAGGAACUAUGUGAAAACUGCUCAAAGACUAUGCGUGUAGGUGAAACUAAUUUGUUUUUUGGUGGGGGCGGUGAGUUUCUGGUGAAAAUUUACAUAGCAAGUUAGGUUCCUAUCUGACAAUUUCUGCACAACGUGCUCAAUGACAUUAGUUACAUUUAUCACAAUGUGUUAACAUUCUGUUUAUUCCAUUUCCACUACUCGUUUGCUUGCCCCCUUACCACUCAUCUUUGUUUUUGAGUAAUUAUUGACCUUUUGGUUUCAUACUGAUGGUUUUUAAGCAGAGCACCGAUCUUAUGGGUAAUACCCUUUAUUUUGUGUGCCACUCUGCUAUUUCACUAAAGGCUAAU